AUGGCGCAAUUUGUGGUAAUCUGGAGCAUAUUCCUGUACGCUUCCUGUCUGCUGCUGCUCAGCAGUGCUGAAGUCCCACAACAACAACAACAGCAGCAACUCACCAAAGUGCCAUUGGUCAGCAGCAAUGUUGUUGAAAUGGUUUCGGCUGUGGGUGGACAGGGUGGAGUGGGCGUUGGUGUGGGUGUGGCAGGCGGUGUAGGUGGCGCAGUAGCGCCCAGCGUCGGUUCAGUGGCGAAGGAAAAGGAGCGUGUGUACUACCAUCCGGCUGCGGUAACCAAACCACGAAUCAUCGACCAGUAUGAUCAUCGCUCCUUGGACGGACACUUUGAGUACAGAUAUUUGCUGAGUAACGGUGAAGCUCGUUAUGAACGCGCCUACUGGUUGCCAGCGGGCAAAAAUAUGGUGUUGGCACGCAAAGGAUAUUACUCUUACCCAAUAUCGAAUAAUAAAUUCCUAACCGUCUUCUAUACUGCCGAUGAAAAUGGAUAUCGACAGGAUUCAACCACAUUUAGUAGAACGCAACCACAUCUCCCGCGUAGUAUCGAAGUGCCGGAAUACGUACCACAAUCGGUAUACGCCGCGCAUUCACCAGUAACACAACAUCACAGUAAACCACAUGUGCACACCUCCACCACAACCCCAAGGCCUUUUGUUCCAUCAACCGAUAAUCCAUUCAUUCAAUUGAAACCAACAGCGCCUCCACAUGUGCCGGUGCAUCAAUCUAUUGUAAGCCAUGGUCAGCACUUGUAUGGUCAUCAAUCACAAGCGCAACAUUCAGCUGCUCAUUCAUCAGUAGGGGGUCAUGUGGCGUCAGACGUUCACUCAUCUACUGGUGCACACCAACCGGCAGGACCGCACCAUUCAUCCGUUCAUUCAUCGUCAGCUGCUCAUUCUUCAGUAGGAGGUCAUGUGGCGUCAGACGUUCACUCAUCUACUGGUGCCAACCACCAACCGGCAGGACCGCACCAUUCAUCCGUUCAUUCAUCGUCAGCUGCUCAUUCUUCAGUAGGAGGUCAUGUGGCGUCAGACGUUCACACAUCUACUGGUGCACACCAUUCCGCAGGAGCUCAUUCUGCAUCGAUUGUCUCCUCUUCCUCUGGAGCUCACACCAGCAUUGGAGUUAAGCCUGGCGCAGGUCAAGUAUGGCAGUCGUCAAUUGCAGCUCCUCCCUCGUCAAAUGUGGUUUCAUCUUCUGGUGUUUCCCAGUCGUCUGGAGUUCAUUCCCAAGCAGUUCACCCUGCAGUACCUAGCCAAUCGGCAGUUCAUUCUCCUUCCGUUGUUCAACAUGGAGUGGAAAGUCAUUCCCAAGUUGGAGUUCACCCAACUGUUCCCUUCCAACCGGCAGUUAUUUCUUCCUGGGCUGGUCAGUCUUCAGGCGUUCAUUCCCAGACGGGAGGGCAUUCAGAAGUUCCAACGGCUGCCACAGUUCACCCCUCAGUAGGCGCUUACUCACCACCUUCAGUUCAUUCCCCAUCCGUAGUCCAAACUUCAACAGGAGUUCAUUCAACAGCUGUCCACCACUCACGCCCCACAGUACGCCCAUCCAACCAAGUGUAUCAAUACCAAUCAGUUUCACAAGGUUCUUCGGCACAACCUUCAGUAGGAGUUCCUCCAACGGUUGCUUCGCCCAUAGGCCCAGUUCAAUCAUGGCAUUAUAGUUUUUAAAUAAACAACACCUGAUUGCGAAUUAUGGCAAUUAAGUUGGUAUCGGUAUUUUGUCUUGGCUUACGACA